AUGAUGGACGCUCCCUCGUUGACCAUGACCCCCUGCGGCCCCCUCGCUGCUCACGCGAACGACAGCAGCCCACAAAUUGCCCAGUCCACAAGUACCGGCACCGAUCUUCGCCCUGACGUCCGGAGGAGACGUCACAGCCACUUCAUCCCGCGUCGAAGAAAAUCUAUAGUCUCCUCCAUUAUGGAGGGCGAGGAAGCCGUCAUUCUCAAGGUUGACUUGUUUCUCUCCGAGCUCGAACGCCGGCUGGAGUUCCUGGAGAACUAUACCGACCUUACAGUGGAUUCCACUCUGUCGAGGGCCUACAACACACUGCAGAUAGUCCGGUCACGAUGUAACCAGGUUUCGGAGGAGGUCAUCGGCGAGGGCCGGAGGCGCUUCCACGUCAUGAUGGAGACCAUGGAGUACAGAUACCACGACGCAUUAGCAGCUGCCGACUCCAUGAGCGACAAGGCGCGCGUGAGCAUCGAGCUGCUUGACUCCAUGCUCUCUGACGUGGAGAUGCGAGCCCACAAGCUCCGUCAACGUGGACUGCAGAACAUGACGGACGCCGCAGAGAUUGUCAUCGGUGAGGGCCGCCAUGUGCUGGACAAGGGUCUCGGCAAAGCUCGCGGCGUGGUCGAGGAGGGUAUCCGUGGCGCAAUGCAUGCCGCUGAGAGCCUCGAGGACAAAAUCCAGAAGGCAAUGUUGCGUGCCAAGGAGCAUGGCCUGAUCAGCUACGAAGACCUCCCCGUGCCGUGGAGAGUCAACCCUCACAUUGUCCGAGGCUACCGCUUCACGGAAACUUAUUCUGGCUGCAUCCGGUCAGCUUUUGGCGUCUCAAACGAGCUCGUCAACAUCUGGUCCCAUGCCCUCGGUCUCAUCCUCGUCCUUGCCGUGGCAUUCUAUUUUUACCCAACGAGCAUCAACUUCCACCUCAGCACCAACACGGACGUCCUGAUUGCGGCGCUCUUCUUCUUCGCAGCUUGCCAGUGUCUCGUCUGCAGUACGAUCUGGCAUACCAUGAACGCCAUCACUGACGUGAACCUGAUCUCAACUUUUGCGUGCGUCGACUACACAGGCAUAUCCCUCCUGAUUGCCGCGAGCAUCAUGACCACCGAAUAUACGGCCUUCUACUGCGAGCCUGUCAGCCGGUGGGUAUACAUGGUCGUCACAGGGCUCCUGGGGGUCGGAGGUGUCAUACUCCCCUGGAACCCGACCUUUAACAGAGCAGACAUGGCUUGGGCUCGUGUGGCAUUCUUCGUCUUCCUUGGUGCUACAGGAUUCCUGCCAAUUCUGCAACUAUCCAUGUCACGCGGUAUCGAGUUCGUCACUGAGUUUUACUCGCCCAUCGGCAAGAGCAUCUUAGUGUACGUUGCAGGUGCCUUUGUCUAUGCCAGCAAGGUGCCCGAAAGGUGGUGCCCCGGGAUGUUCGAUUACUUCGGCGGAUCCCACAAUCUGUGGCACUGCGCAGUCUUGGGUGGGAUCCUUUUCCACUACACCGCUAUGCAAGAGUUCUUUGCACAGGCCUUUAGGCGCGCAGAGGGAGGGUGUCCCGCGUACUAA